UCAACUGCAGCCAUGUCGGACGAAGAGGAGGCGGUGGCUGAGGCUGAAGAGAUCAUUCGCAGCCAGAGGAUCUUUCUUAACCACUUGGACAGCUACUGCGGCAGCAACAUCGGGAAGUAUCUGGCCGGUUGUGUUGUUGGAGCCUCCUUGGAAGAAGUAGCAGAGGAAGAGGAAGAAGAAGAUGAAGGAAAAUCAAUUGUUGAAGCUGUGCCCCCUAAACCAAAGGAAGGAAUAUAUCAAAUAGUGGGAACUCUUUCACAGGCAGAGAAUACAAAACCAGAUUUUGCUAUAGAAGCAUAUACAACACCUUCUCAAGAUGAGUUGCUAGCUCGCCUGUUAGAAUGUGAUAUCAUUAUUUAUAACAUCACUGAAGAUGUAAAACAAAUUGAGGAAGCCACCUGGGCAGCUACAGCAUUACAUGCAGAAUCAAAAAACUUUGAAAAGCAGAAAUUGUUCAUUCUUCUAUCAACAAUAAUGACAUGGGCACGAAGCAAGCCUCUUGAUCCGGAAGAUCCAGAAAUACCUUUUACAGAAGAAGACUAUCGUAGAAGGAAACCUCAUCUUAAUUUUAUGGAACACAUCAAUGCUGAAAAAACCAUUAUCAAACUUGGGAAAACAAACAAAAGCAAAUUUGGCACAUAUGUUGUUGCUUCAGGUGUUCAAUAUGGAGCUGAAGAAAGACUUCUCCACUACUUUUUUAAGUUAUCUUGGCUUGGUGAGACUCCUGUAAUACCAUGUUUUGGAGAUGGACGAAAUUUAGUUCCAACCAUUCACAUUACUGACUUAGCAGCAGUCUUGCAGAAUGUAGCAGAUCAUAGACCAAGGACUAAUUACUUACUUGCAGUGGAUGAAUCGACACAAACCCUGGGUGAAAUUGUGAAGUGCAUCAGCAAAAAUGUCGGUCCAGGAAAAAUACAGAAGAUUCCAAGAGAAAAUGCUUUCCUAAACAAAGAAUUAACGCAAACGCAUUUGGAUGAAUUAUUUGUGAAUCUACGAAUGGAAGCUGUAUUCUUGAAGGAGAAUUUCAACAUAAAAUGGGUUGCUCAAGGAGGGAUAGUAGAGAAUAUUGAACAAGUUGUCAAUGAGUAUAAACAAACACGAGGAUUAUUGCCAGUUAAAAUGUGUAUACUUGGACCUCCUGGAGUAGGGAAAACUUCUAUUGCAGAAGAGCUAUGCAAAUAUUACAAAGUGCACCACAUUAAAAUAAAGGAAGUGAUCAUUAAAGCCAUUGAAAAUCUGGAGACAGUAGUUGCUCCUCAAGAGGCAGCAGAGUCUGUGGAGGAAGAGGAGGAGGAAGAGGAGGAGGAGGAGGAGGAGGAAGGAGAUAAUAUAGAAGAAGCACAAGAAUUGUUAGAGGCAGUUAAAGAAAACAUGGAGCAAAAUGCAGGUCGUCUAGAUGAUAACUAUGUGAUUCGGUUCAUGAAGGAAAUGCUAAUGUCUAUGCCUUGUAAAAAUCAAGGAUAUGUUUUGGAUGGGUUUCCAAAAACCUAUGACCUAGCAAAAGAUCUUUUUAAUGUUGAAGAGGAGGAAGAAGAAGAUGAUAUGAGAGGCAAAAUGCAUCACUAUGACAAAUUAAUAAUUCCUGACUAUGUUGUUUCUUUGAAUGCUUCUGACGAAUUCUUGAAAAACCGAAUCAUGAAUCUCCCUGAAAGCAUUGUUGCUGGAACGCAUUAUGCCCAGGACCGAUACUUAAGAUCCCUCAGUCUUUUUAGGGACUUAAAUUCUGAGGAUGAAACUGUUCUCAACUAUUUUGACGAAACAGAAAUACAUCCACAGUAUAUUGAUGUAUCAAAGUUUGAGGGCCUGGAAAACAGAGUUAUAACAAAAGAAAUAAUCAAAAACAUUGGUAAGCCUCGAAAUUAUGGUAUGACAGAAGAAGAAAAGGAAGAAUUUGAACGGAAAGAAGCAGAAGAACGCCUUGCUAAAGUAGCUAAAGAAAAGGCUGACUUGGAGAAAAGGGAGUUUGAAGAAAGGGCCCAAAAAUUAGCAAAUUGGGAAGAAUGGAAUAAGCGUUUAGAAGAAGUGAAGCGGCAAGAACAAGAACUUCUGGAAGCUCAGUCAAUUCCACUGAGAAACUACUUAAUGAAGCAUGUGAUGCCAACCCUUAUGCAGGGGUUGAAUCAAUGCUGCAUGGUCAGGCCAGAUGACCCUGUCGACUUUCUGGCAGAAUAUCUCUUCAAGAAUAAUCCGGAAUUUGACUAAGAAGUAUAAACAGUUGCCCUGUUAUACCUUGUUAAAUUUAAUUUUAAAUUAUUGUUGUGCAAUAUUCUUGUACAAUAUACAUUCAAUAUAACACUUUUAAAAAUUAUUUAAGAAAUCUGAAGUUUGAGGGUGUGUAAAUUUAUCUAUAAUGAAUGACAAAGUACAGUAUUAUCUGAUAAAUUACAGGAAGUUCCUUUAAAACAUUUAGAGCAAAGAAACAGCUUCAAAAUUGUUGUUCUUGGAAAAGUAACCAUCUAGGUUAUCAAGUUUAUUAAGAACAUGUACUGUUCUGUUAAGGAAAAGAAGAAUAUUGGUACUUGUUCAGUUACACCAAGUCCUUUUACAAUGCAAGCAUAUGCAAGUUUAUUCAAAGUAAUCUCACUGUAAUUAAUUCAGCUUAACUCAGAAAAUAGAAUUACAGCUUUAGCCACUUCUCCCAAGACAUAGCAUCAACCAAAUCUGCUUGAGAUAAUGUAAAGCAGAAAUGAGUACGCGCUUAAUAUCACCCCAGUGAUAGCUGGGCGACAUUGUGAGGGUUGAAUGAAAAAUAAUACCUCCAAUUGUAUAAGUAGCCAACAAUUGACAGUAUUGGAAUGCUAGAAGCUUGUGUGUCCUUUAGCACCUAUUCUUUCACUUCAUUUGGCGGGAAGUUGCUGAGAAAAAAGCUUGUGUUGCUGUUGCUUGAGAAACAGAAACCACUGAUAAGUGUGCUUUAAUUAUUGAAUUUUUGACUGCCAAUGGAGUCCCCCCAGUGAAAUUCACCACAAAAUACAGAUUGUUUUUGGUGAUGACUGUGUUGAUGUGAGUACUGUGUGUUGCUGGGCCAAAAAUGUGAAGAUGGUGAACUGGGAAGAAUUUAUUUAUAAUACCAAGAACCAAGUGGACAACUUGUGACAGCAACUGAUGAGUUUCACAUGAGAAAGUUUGAUGAACUGAUUAAGGACAAUCCAUGAAGUCAGAGGAAAAUUGCUGUUACUCUUGGCAUUUCACAGGAAUGUAUGGGUCGUAUUAAUGAUAUUCUUCAGUAUCAAAAGAUUUGUGUAAGAUGGCAAUAAUUGAUGGCAACUAUUGUCACUUUAGGAGAAUGAAGAAUUUUUUCACAGCAUUAUGACAAGGUGAGGAAACAUGGGUCAUCAUUAUGACCCAGAAGUGAAUUGUCAAUCCAUGGAAUAUCAUCAGAAAAAUUUACCUCUGGCAGAAAAAAAAAAAUCAAAACCCAGGCUUUGGCAGGAAAGUGUAUGCUUAUAGGUAGUACUCAUUUAAUGACCAUUCAUUCAGCGACCAUUCAAAGUUACAACGGUGCUGAAAAAGGAGACUUACAAUCGGUCCUCAAAGUUCCAGCUGUCACAUCACCCCGGGAUCACAUGAUCGUGAUCUGGGCGCUUGGCAACUGGCUCGCACUUACGAUGUUCGCAGCAUCCCGUGGUCAUAUGAUCGCCAUUUGCAACCUUCCCUGCUGGCUUCCCACAAGCAAAGUCAAUGGGGAAGCCAGCAGGGAAGGUCACAAUUCACUCCGGUAAAUCACUCACAUCCUCCCCUGCCUGAGAGCAGCCACCCCUG